AUGGCCCAGGCUAUCCCCGCCAUCAACACGGCGGAGGGGGUGCUGGCUCUGCUGGCGGAGGACGAUGAUGCCCUGAAGGUGUACGCCCUGCAGCAGAUCAACGCCAGCAUCCACCAGUUUUGGCACCAGGCCUCGGGCUCCAUCGCCACCAUCGAGGCCCUGUUUGAGGACGAGGAAUUUAGCCACCGGGAGCUCGCGGCCUUAGUCGCCUCCAAGGCACGGCGCCUUAUCUUCUACUACCUGGGCGACCUGCAGGAGGCGCAGGCCUACGCGCUGGGCGCCGGCGCGCUCUUUGACGUCGACUCCCCCUCAGCCUUCGAGCGCACCAUCCUGGACUCCUGCCUGGACGCGUACGUGGCGGCGCGCGCAGGUCUGGCCGGCGACGAGCCCGGCGAUGCGCCCGCCUCGCUGGACCCGCGCCUCGCCGCGACCGUGCAGCGCGUGCUGGACCGAUGCCUGGCCGACGGCCAGCACGAGCAGGCGGUGGGCAUCGCGUUGGAGGCGCGGCGCCUGGACGUGCUGGCCGCUGCCGUGCUGGCGGCGGCCGACCCACCCACGCUGCUGGCGCACGCGCUGGACGCCGGGGCGCGCACGGUGGUGGAGCGCGGCUUCCGGCGCCGCGCGCUGGCCACGCUGGCGCUGCUGGCGUACCACAUUGGCUUCGACCUGGUGGAUGCCCAGCUGCACGAGUUCACGCGGGACGCGCGGGAGGGGGAGGGGGACGCGGCCGAAGAGGCGGGCCUGGAGACGCCGCUGCUGGGCGAGGACGGCAAGACUGACGCCGGCGGCGCCACCCCCGCCCCCGAGCUGGCCCCGGAGCUGGACGCUUUCCUGCGCAUCCUGUCCGGGUCGGUGAGUGUGGAGCUGGAGCGCCAGUUCCUGGCGCGGGCGUGCCACGCGGACCUCCAGAUCCUGAAGAACAUCAAGGCGGGGGUGGAGGCCAGGAACAGCGUGUGCCACUCGGCGACGGUGUGGGCCAAUGCCAUCAUGCAUGCCGGCACGGGCGUGGACGCCUUCCUGCGCACCAACCUGGAGUGGCUGGCCAAGGCCACCAACUGGGCCAAGUUUGGCGCCACGGCGGGCCUGGGCGUCAUCCAGCGCGGCAGCGUGGCCGACGGGCGCUCGCGCUCGCUGCUCUCGCCCUACCUCCCCGCCGCGCCGGGCAGCUCCACGGGGUCGCCCUACUCCGAGGGCGGCGCGCUCUACGCGCUGGGCCUCAUCCACGUCAACAGCGGCGCGGGGGCGGCGCAGCUGCUCACCGACUCCCUCCGCGCCACGCAGCACGAGGUCAUCCAGCACGGCGCGUGCCUGGGCCUGGGCAUCGCCUGCCUGGGCUCCGAGAACGCCGAGGCCUUUGAGGACGUGAAGAACGUGCUGUACACGGACAGCGCCGUGGCCGGCGAGGCGGCCGGGUAUGCACUGGGCCUGCUGUGCGCCGGGUCCGGGCGGGAGGAGCGUAGCGACGAGAUGCUGGCUUACGCCCACGACACCCAGCACGAGAAGAUCGUGCGCGCCCUCGCCGUCGGCGUCGCCUUUGUGCACUACGGGCGGGAGGAGGCGGCCGACGGCGUCAUCGACGCCAUGCUCCAGGAUCAGGACGCCAUCAUCCGCUACGGCGGCCAGUUUGCCAUGGGCAUGGCCUACCGCGGCACGCGCAACAACGCUGCCAUCCAGAAGCUGCUGCACCACGCGGUCACCGACGUGUCGUACGACGUGCGGCGCGCGGCCGUCAUGAACCUCGGCUUCGUCCUGCUGUCCGCGCCGGAGCAGUGCCCGCGCCUGGUGGCGCUGCUGGCGGCCAGCUACAACCCGCACGUCAGGUACGGCUCGGCCAUGGCGGUGGGCAUCGCCUGCGCGGGCACGGGGUCGAAGGAGGCGGUGGCCCUGCUGGAGCCCAUGCUCACCGACCCCACCGACUUUGGCGCACUCAUCGCGCUGGCCAUGGUGCUCAUGGAACAGCCGGCCUCCAAGACCGAGACCCUGCGCGCUAAGAUCGACAAGCUGCAUGGGAACAAGGGCGUGGAGAUCAUGGUGCGCAUGGGCGCCAUCAUGGCCGCCGGCAUCCUGGACGCGGGCGGCCGCAACGCGACCCUGGGCCUGCAGUCGCGCACGGGACCGUACCGCCGCACUGCGGUGGUGGGCCUGGCCCUGUUCCUGCAGUACUGGUACUGGCACCCGCUGGCGUACAGCCUGUCCCUGGCGCUGCAGCCCACCGCCAUCAUCGGCGUGGAUGCCAGCCUGCGUGCCCCCGCCGACUUCAAGGUGAUCAGCCGAUGCAAGCCCUCGCUGUUCGCCUACCCACCCCCCGUCGCCAUGGAGGACAAGCGCAGCAAGGAGAAGGUCCCAACCGCCGUGCUUUCCACGACGGUGCGCUCCAAGGCCCGUGCGGCCGCCAAGAAGGAGGAGCAGGGCAAGGAGAUGGGGGCCCUGCCCUCCAGUUACGUGCUGAGCAACCCGGCGCGCGUGGUGCCUGCACAGCGCCGCUUCGUGGCCUUCGAGCGGGACCAGCGCUGGCAGCCGGUCAAGGCCGUGACGGGAGAUUCCACGGCGUUCACGCACUCGGGGGCGCCUCGCCAGUCUCCCAGCGCCUUGGGCACCGCCGUCCACCCCCUCGCGGCCGUGGCCGCACAGCCCUCCGCCGCGAGUGCCGAGAAGGAGCUCUGGCUGCCCACCCCCCACUACUGUGAGAGCAUCUACCAGACUCGCCGUCGCCCGACCCGGACCAUCUACGUGGGCAAGGUCCCCGUGGGCAGCGAGCACCCCUUGGCGCGUCAGACCAUGACCACCACCGACACCAGGGACGUGGAGGCCACUGUUGAGCAGGUGAAGAAGUGCGCCGAUGCGGGCGCGGACAUCGUGCGGAUCACCGUGCAAGGAAAGCGCGAGGCCACCGCCUGCCUGAAGAUCCGCGACCGGCUCUUCCAGGACAGGUACGACACCCCAUUGGUGGCCGACAUCCACUUCCAGCCCACCGUGGCGAUGAUGGUGGCCGACGCCUUUGAGAAGAUCCGCAUCAACCCUGGCAACUUUGCCGACGGGCGCAAAUCCUUCGAGGAGAUCAACUACGACGACCCCGCCCAGUUUGCGCGUGAGCGUGAGUCCUUCCGCGAGACCUUCAUGCCCCUGGUGGAGAAGUGCAAGGCCCUGGGGCGGGCCAUGCGCAUCGGCACCAACCACGGCUCCCUCUCCGCCCGCAUCCUGUCCUACUACGGCGACACCCCCCGUGGCAUGGUGGAGUCGGCCUUUGAGUUUGCCGACAUGUGCCGCGACGCCGACUACCACAACUUCCUCUUCUCCAUGAAGGCCAGCAACCCGCUGGUCAUGGUGCAGGCCUACCGCCUGCUGUCGGAGGAGAUGUAUGCCAAGGGCUGGGACUACCCCCUGCAUCUGGGGGUCACGGAAGCAGGCGAGGGUGAGGACGGCCGGAUGAAGAGCGCUAUCGGCAUCGGCGCCCUGCUCAUGGAUGGGCUGGGGGACACCAUCCGCGUCUCCCUGACCGAGGACCCCGAGUUCGAGAUCGUGCCCUGCGGCGCCUUGGCCGCCCUCGGCAGCCGCGCCCAAACGGAGCGGUGGGGUGUGGAGCCUUUUGAGGAGCACCGCGACACCCACCUCUUCAACCGCAGGCGAGCGCUCAUGGCUGGGGUUGGGGAGCUGCCGGGGCAGAAGGAGGGCGACGUACUGGACAUGCGCUCCAUCCUGCACAGGGACGGCUCCGUGAUUUCCUCCCUGUCCCUCGAAGACCUGCGCACGCCAGAGACGACAUACCGCAACCUGGGGUGCAAAAUGGCCGUGGGCAUGCCCUUCAAGGACAUUGCCACCUCCGACUCCAUCUUCCUGAGGGAGGUCCCCGCCGAGGAUGAUGCCCAGGCCAGGCGCGCCCUGCGCCGCUUGCAAGAGGUGAGGGGCGAAGGGUGGGAGUUCACGUGCUGGCGGAGGCCGUCGGCGCUGGCCGCCUCCCCCCUCCCUGACUCCGUGGCCGUGAUCUCGCUCGCGGCCGCCCUGGCCGCCCGUGCCGAAGGCCGCUCGCCGCUGCCGGCGGGGGCAGUGCGCCUGGCGCUGGCCGUGGAUGGCACCGAGCCCGACGCGGACGUCGAGGCCGCGGGCGGGCUGGACGCGACGCUGGUCCUGCUGCGCGUCGCGCCCGGCGUGUCGCGUGUGCACGCCUCGCGUCGGGUGUUUGAGGCGCUGACGCGCGCGCGCUGCCACCUCCCCGUCGUGCAUGCGCUGGAGUUUGCACCGGGCACGGGACGCGAGGAGCUGGUGCUCUCCGCCGGCGCGCUGGUGGGCGCGCUCAUGGUGGACGGGCGCGGCGACGGCGUCAUGCUGUCGGCGCCGGGCCAGGACCUGGCCUACCUCAGGACCACCUCCUUUGGCCUGCUCCAGGGGGUGAGGAUGCGCAACACCAAGACCGACUACGUGUCCUGCCCCUCCUGUGGUCGCACCCUGUUUGACCUGCAGGAGGUGACAGACCAGAUCCGGCAGAAGACGGGGCACCUGCCCGGCGUGGCCAUUGCCAUCAUGGGCUGCAUUGUGAACGGUCCUGGGGAGAUGGCAGACGCUGACUUUGGGUAUGUUGGCGGUGCCCCCGGGAAGAUCGACCUGUAUGUGGGCAAGGAGGUUGUCAGGAGAGCCAUCCCCAUGGAGUCCGCCUGUGACCAGCUCGUGGAGCUCAUCAAGGAGCAUGGGCGGUGGAAGGACCCGGAGCCAGAGGAGGAGGGCGAGGGCCAGGAGGAGAAGCAGGCCGUCAUGGCUUGA